AAGUUACUUUGGUUUACUUGAUUAGAAAAGUCAAGUUACAUGUGAGCUCAUUGGAGUGCAGUAUCUAUUCCAGCAGACUGGUCAGGCACUGCAGGACAUGAACCCAGACUCUGAAGAGACGGCAGAGCUCAUCGAGGAACUUAAUGUGGAGGAGCGAGAUGAAGAUGAGGGCUUCUGUGAUGUCAGCGAGGAUCACACAAUUGCAGAUCCCGAGGAUGUUCUGUCACCUCCCUCCUCCACUCUGACACUGGGUUCUUCCACCGUGGUCACCAGCAGUGACACGGCUGUACUGGGUUCCACAUCCCCUUCACUGGUCCCUGAUCCUACACCUGCUCCUUCAUCACCUGGACCCUCGGGGACUGCUGUGCCACCUUUUCCCUCUGAAACAUCUGUUUCACCACUCUCCUCAGAGCCAGGAAUGCUGGUCAGGAUGAUGAUGACGAUGAAGAGACUGCUGUUGACUACCAAAAUGUUCCGGGAUACCAACAUGUUGACAAGCUGGCCGAAUAUCUGGUGGAGCUCCGGGGUCACACAGCCCUUAGCCUGACCAAUCAGGAAGCCAGCACCAUAAUUGAACUUUGGCAGAA